AUGGCGUCAGCUGCGCCAUACAUACCUCAAGAUACCGAUGAUGUCUCCCGCAUGCUCGAUGCCCUAGAAUUGGCACGAAAAGAGAAGCGACGCGGCGGUUUUGCUAUCAAGAAGACAAGUUUCCAGGUCAAAGGUUCAUCAAACGGGAUCAAAAUUGAUUCAUGGAAAUUACAGGAUUGGGAUUAUAAGCGACCAGAUCUUCCCACGUACGCCAGAGGCCUCUUCACCACUCCCCAAACAGCGCGGCAGCGUCCUGAAAUUGCCGUCAGAGGCUACGAUAAGUUUUUUAAUAUCAAUGAAGUGCCAGAAACGCAAUGGGAAAACAUUAUUGCCAAGACAAUUCCCCCGUAUGAGCUCACGCUGAAGGAAAAUGGGUGCAUUAUAUUUGUAUCCGGACUUGACAAUGAUAGACUCUUGGUCUGCAGCAAACACUCGACAGGUGACCGAGAUGAUAUUCAAGUCAGCCAUGCCACCGCAGGCGAGCGACGCAUAGAGAAACAACUCUCAGCUAUUGGCAGAACCAAAGAAGAUCUAGCUAGAGAGCUUCGAAGCCGCAACGUGACCGCAGUUGCCGAACUCUGUGAUGAUUCGUUUGAGGAACAUGUUUUGGCAUAUAACUCUGAUAAGGCUGGUCUGUAUCUCCACGGGAUCAAUCUCAAUCUCCCUGAAUUCGUUACAUACCCUAGCACGGCCGUGCAGAAAUUUGCAGAUGACUGGGGUUUUAUCAAAACGGGAUUCACGGCAAUGGAAGAUGUUCAGGAAGUAAAGACAUUCCUGGAUGACAUUGCACAGUCAGGAUCGCACGACGGAAGAGAGAUAGAAGGAUUUGUUAUUCGAUGCAAAAUGAGCACUGAUCCAGCCACGAGACCCUACCAAGAUUGGUUUUUCAAAUGCAAGUUUGAAGAGCCAUACUUGAUGUAUCGGCAAUGGAGGGAAUGCACAAAAGCACUGAUCGCGGGAAAACCACCAAAGUUCAAGAAACACCACAAGAUCACCGAGGAGUACCUGCUGUAUGCUCGCAAGCGUCUGGCUGCUGAUCCGAACCUUGGAAAGUUGUAUAACCAAAACCAUGGUAUUAUUGCCCUGCGUGAAGAUUUCCUCAAGUUCAAAAAUAUCAAUGGCCAUGAAGCGGCAUUCUUGGACGACUCAGAGCCUAUUGUUAUGCCGGAAGUUACGAGAAACGUUAUUCUAUGCCCAGUCGCCACCAUAGGCUGCGGCAAGACCACGAUAGCCUUGGCCAUGUCGCAUCUCUUGGGAUGGGGUCACAUCCAGAACGACAACAUAACUGGCAAGGGCCGCCCCCCUCGAUUUACGAAAGCCGUCCUGGAUCAGCUGGAAGGCCAUUCCGUUGUAUUUGCUGACCGAAACAACGCAACGAAGAUCGAGAGGAAGCAACUUAUAACGGAUGUGAAGCUGCAGCAUACUGAAGCCAAGCUGGUCUGCCUCAACUUUAGACACGAUAUCGAGUCGAUGGAGAAGAUUCGGAGUGUCACCCGGGCCCGAGUCUUGGCACGUGGCGACAACCAUCAGACAAUACAUGCCGCGAGCGACAAAGAAAAGUUCAUAGGAGUAAUGGAUGGCUUCAUCAAAAGAUUUGAGCCUUGCAUACCAUAUGCCCGUCCAGACGACGGGUUUGACGUUGUUAUUGACCUAGACCCUGUAGUAGGUAGCCGGCAAAACCUAGAGACCACUGUGAGCCGAUUGAAGCAACACUUUCCCAAUCUUAUCAAAGCAAUCCCGUCCUCUGAGGAAUAUGAUGCAGCAAUCCAAACUGCACUUGGUUACCGACCCGAUAUCAGUCGCAGAACACAAGCAAGAGCAACGGAGAAUGAUUCCAAAAAGAAUCGGAGGUUAGAGUACAUGUCUGUGGAUGUUGUCAACGACAAAGUCAAUCGCGUCCUGGAACAAGCGUUCAGCAGUGCUCCCCCACAUGCGUCCCGGUUCUACAGGCAACUGAAACAGACCAGGAGGAUACCGAAUAGAUUUCAUGUUACGCUGAUGCACAGGGCAAGCAUGAAUGAAUUCCCCGAUCUGUGGCAACGCUAUGUUGAGGUAUGGGAAGCAGCAGGCGGCUUGGAAUCACAGCUUGGAGAGUGUGAUCUGUUAUUGGAAAGGGUACGGAAAUUCUGUCUACGCUCGCUCUAA